AUGUCUACGCACCCACCAGAUGAACUGUUUAAUCCAACAGAAACUGAACAAAAGUUGGAUUUAGACUCACAAAAUUUAGCAUGGAUCACACAGAUAAGGUAUGAAAAUUUAACUGGGUCCCCACCCACUGAAUGGCUUAAGGAAAUUGUCCGGUUUCAUAAUGUUCUUCGAAAGCGACAUGGAUCACAAAAGGUGGAAUUUGAUUAUGAGAUUGCAUAUGAAGCACAUUUGUGGGCACUGGAACUCGCAAAGAAAGCAAUAAAAAAACGAAAAAUUAUUCUGGAAAAUGGAUUGCCAAAUAAUAAUAAAAAACUUGGAGAGAAUUUAGGAGCCAGACAAAGCAAAAUGCGAUUACAACUCUUGGAUCUUCCUGGCAGUUUUCCCGUACGGGUUUGGUACUCGGAAAUUAGGAAACAUGACUGGGAGAAAAAUUACUGGCAAUGGGACUCUGGUCACUUUACUCAACUAAUUUGGGGUGCAACCAAACGAAUUGGGUGUGGCCGUGUUGUAACAGAGGAAUUAUGCGAAUCUGGAAAAAUAGUAUUACCCUCAAUCUUUUUUGUCGUUUGUCGAUAUUGGCCAGCGGGGAAUUGGCUUCAUAAACACGCGUACGAGGAACAUGUGCAUCCCCCAAAGGAUGGAAAAUCACAUAACGAAAUUCCCGAUUUUACAAAAUACUGUCCAAUAAAGUCAAAGCCAUGCUCGAGACCAGUGCUCUGUUGUCCGACUGGCAAAACUAGGAGUGAAUUUAACGGAAGUAGUAGUUGCGAGAUAACGCCGAAAAAAAUAGUUGGAAGAGGCUUUAAAAAAUUAACAACACCUAUUCCGACGACAACUUCGACUCCCAUUCCGCCAACCCCCGCACCACCGCCACCCCCACCCGUGCGAAGAGUACAUUUUGAACCACCAAAACGUGGAAGGGCAAUUAGGCACAAAUAA